AUGUGCAUCGGAAGCGCGUACGGGUCCACGGCCUUUACUGGUCGUGAGGACGGUCUUCGUCCUCUGGGCUAUGUACUAUUGACAUCCCCAGCCUCCGCCUCCGCUGCACCGAGGAAACUCAAAUCCUCGGACGCCGAGAUGGGUGAAUUCGCUCACGACGACCAAGUGUCGGGGAGCUCGCAGAGGCGUACUGUCGAAUACAUUCGAACCUCAGAGACUGCUGCCACCGUAGGAAUUGGGGAAACUUCAGCUUCUAGCGUCGUUGCCGGGCGUAGUGCUCACUGGGACAACACCCUACAUAUCGCUAUUCGGUGCAGUUUGAAGAAAAUGAAAAACACAGCUGCAAUAGAAGCGCAGCUUAAGGGCCAGACGGGAGCAGGGCUUACAGUGAUGGAUGCCAUUCACCCUUGA